CUCCCGGUGAAGUUUUGAAGCCACAGCCCUGCGCGUCGUAAUCCACGCGCCAAGUGACUCAUAUAUCGCGGACAGCCCGGUUUGCGUGAAGAUGGUCGGGAUUAUAUCCACGCCUCGGUCCUUGUCUCCGCGCGUAUUUACGCUCAUGUCUGCCACACGGCUCUGGCUCCCAGCCACCCAACGAUAUUUAUAGCCACACAGCGGCGACCAGCAGCACUCAAGGAGAUACCUGGCUUCCUCUGAGCAUCAAACUUGGACUGAUUGAGUGGCAGGCGGGCAGGAAGAAAGAGGGAGGGGGGUGGUGGUAAAAGGGGGGUGCCAUGGAUUUAGGAUCCAGCUCAGGAUGUAAGGAGCGCGCCGCACCUCGAGCCCCAUUUGUAGAAUUAUGGUGAACCUGCGAAGCUCCUGACCCCUGCAGUCAUGCUCACCCGUUCGGACCAGUCCCUCUCCCGUUCCCUCACACCGACUCUCCGCUCUCCGUCGCGCUGCGGACGCACUCAUGUCCAGUCUUCUCUGUCCCUGCCGGAGCCUGAGGACUGGAGGAGGCCCAUCUCGGCUGCCCGUCCUGGCUUGGCUCAAGGAGUUCGCUCCUCCUCCCUGCAGGUCCCUCCCGGCGGCCCUGAGAACCUGGGCCUGCCCCCCCGUGCAGCCAGCUUCGACGUGCACUACAGCCAAGAGGACGGCUCGUCCGAUCAGGGCUCGGGGUCUCUCAGCCCCCAUGCUGCGCUGCGGCGGCGCGGAGGUCUUGUGGAGCAGAAGGACAUCAUCAUGGCCCACCAGGCUCACAAAAUACAGAGCACGCCACAAGCCCGCAGGAAGGAGUGGGAAAUGGCUCGGUUCGGAGACGAGUCCGUUCCCGCCGCGGCAGACUCCGGGGAAGGGGACAUGGAGCGCGGUAGCGACGGACAGGACACGGCGUCCGGCGGGCUGACGGCUUCCAUGAAGCAAGCCAAGGCGCAGCGGGCCCGGACCAUGGCUCUGUACAACCCCGUCCCUCACCGGCAGAACUGCCUCACCGUCAACAGGUCGCUUUUUAUAUUUGCAGAGGACAACCUCAUUAGGAAAUAUGCAAGGAGGAUAAUAGAGUGGCCACCAUUCGAGUACAUGAUCCUGGCUACCAUCACAGCUAACUGUGUCGUCCUGGCCUUGGAGCAGCACCUCCCUGGAGAAGACAAGACCCCCAUGGCAAAAAGACUGGAGAAGACAGAACCGUACUUUAUUGGGAUAUUCUGCUUCGAGGCGGGGAUCAAGCUGGUCGCGCUUGGUUUUGUUUUCCAUAAAGGAUCCUACCUGAGGAAUGGCUGGAACGUCAUGGACUUUAUAGUUGUUCUCAGUGGGAUCCUGGCCACUGCUGGAGCCCACAUGAACAUCCCCGUCGAUCUUAGGACCCUGAGGGCGGUGCGAGUCCUAAGACCACUCAAACUCGUCUCUGGGAUCCCCAGCUUACAGAUUGUGCUCAAGUCCAUCAUGAAGGCCAUGAUCCCACUGCUUCAGAUCGGCCUUCUCUUGUUCUUCGCCAUCCUCAUGUUUGCAAUCAUCGGCCUGGAGUUCUACAGCGGGAAGCUCCAUCAAACCUGCCUGCCUUCAGAUUACAUUCUCGAUAAUGAGACUCUUGACUCAUCAGAGUUGGCAUUUGCAUGCGGGGUGAGGAAGUGUCCGGAGAAGUACGACUGUAACGACACCUGGAUCGGGCCCAAUGACGGCAUCACGCAGUUUGACAACAUCCUGUUUGCUGUCCUCACCGUCUUCCAGUGCAUCACCAUGGAGGGCUGGACAGCUGUGCUCUACAAUACCAAUGAUGCUCUGGGUCCCACGUGGAACUGGAUAUACUUCAUUCCUCUCAUCAUUAUUGGGUCAUUCUUUGUCUUGAAUCUAGUGCUGGGAGUUCUGUCAGGAGAAUUUGCCAAGGAAAGGGAGAGGGUGGAGAACAGGAGAGCCUUCAUGAAGUUACGUCGUCAGCAGCAAGUGGAAAGAGAACUGAACGGCUACCGAGCCUGGAUAGACAGGGCAGAGGAAGUCAUGCUUGCAGAGGAGAAUAAAAAUUCAGGCAGAUCCCCAUUAGAUGUGCUGAAAAGAGCGAGUAAAAAGACAGGUGCACGGAGAGCCGCACCAGGAAGUGACAAGUACACAGACCAGUCCACCGCCAGCAUGUCAAGAUCAAGAAUGAACUUUCGCAGCGGCCGCCGUGGCCCAGCUGCCUACCUGCGACGUAAAGAGCGCAUGUUGCGCAUCUCCAUCCGCCGUAUGGUGAAGACGGACACUUUCUACUUGAUGGUCCUCAGUCUGGUGGCGCUCAACACCAUCUGCGUGGCCAUCGUGCACCAUGACCAGCCCGACUGGCUGACCAUCGUCCUCUACUAUGCAGAGUUUGUGUUCCUGGGGCUGUUUCUGGCUGAGAUGUUUUUGAAGAUGUAUGGUCUGGGCUUCCGGCUCUACUUCCAUUCAUCUUUCAACUGCUUUGACUGUGGGGUCAUUAUCGGCAGCAUCUUUGAGGUGGUCUGGGGCUUCUUUAGGCCCGGCAUGUCAUUCGGUAUCAGUGUACUGAGAGCGCUGAGACUCCUGAGAAUAUUCAAAAUCACCAAGUACUGGGCCUCUCUCAGGAACCUGGUUGUUUCCCUGAUGAGCUCCAUGAAGUCCAUUAUCAGCCUGCUUUUCCUUCUCUUUCUCUUCACUGUGGUGUUUGCACUGCUCGGGAUGCAGCUUUUUGGAGGGAGGUUCAUCUUUGAAGAUUACACUCCCACCAACUUUGACACGUUUCCAGCUGCCAUCAUGACAGUGUUUCAGAUCCUGACUGGCGAGGACUGGAACGAGGUGAUGUAUAAUGGAAUCCGCUCGCAGGGAGGCGUUCGCUACGGCAUGUGGUCAUCCAUCUACUUCAUAGUGCUCACUCUGUUCGGUAACUACACACUGCUAAAUGUCUUCUUGGCCAUCGCUGUGGAUAAUUUGGCCAACGCACAGGAACUUACCAAGGAUGAAGAAGAAGAAGAGGAGUUCUUCAAUCAGAGAUAUGCAAGAGGAAGAGACGGCUUGAUAUCAGAUGGCAGAAGAAGACCCUACCUAUACAGAAAACGGGCAAUCCACAGAGGGCGGCCCAAUUUCCCAGAAGACCUUGAUUGUGCAGCGGGGCCCCCAGAUGAGCAGCCCAUUCGUGGCCCUAGUGCGUUUGCCAAUCGCCGCGAGAGGAGGAGAAAAGUUAACAUGUCCGUGUGGGAGCAGAGAGCCAACCAGCUACGCAGACGUCGUCAGAUGGCGAGCAGAGAGGAGCUGUUUAGUAGCCCUCCAGAAGAAAACAAUGAAACUCCCACAAUUCCCAAACACGUUCCCGCCAUCUCCCCGGGGGCCAGCCCGGCUCACCUGCCUGAGUCUCCCAUGUCGGUGAAGAUGCCCCUACCCGAGCCCCCGAUGUCCGUCUCCAUUCCAAUGCCAGAUCCCCCGGCGGGUGAGCCUCUUGUCAACCUGAGUGAGGAGAAGACAGCAGGAGCAAACCACAGGACCGCGGGCGGUGGCAGGCACCGGAUGGCCCGGAAAUUUAGGUCCAGUCAGGCACCGGAGGAAGGAGCCCGGCACAGGCGCCACCGCCACCGAGAAGCCCGUGUUGAGGCCAAGAGUCUGGACUGCACACAGCCCCCGCGCGAGGUCCUGCACGUCAGACGGUCACUCAGUCAGGAAAGGAAGAUCAUCGAUGAGAGCGAGGAGAAGGAAGACAGAGAGGAGAGCGAGCGAGCCGAGGGAGAGGGAGGACAACAGAACGUGACACAGCUAGAGGAAGAUGAUGGAACGUGCAUCAUCAAUCCGUACGCAGAGGUCGGAGAAGAGGGCAGAAGAGAUGCUGCUUCCAGCAGCGAUAUUCCUGAUCCUCCGCAGUGCACCUGGUCACAGCAGGGAGAGCCCGGCUGCCCGGCUGCCUCAGUUGACUCCGCUUUAGAGGGAAAAGAGUACACCGUGAGUACCAUUGAGUCGGAGAAACGCAAGAUCUCCAUCAAACGUGACAAGUCCAACCCGGAGGGCAGCGUGGCCAUAGAAAUGUCUGCACAGCCCCUUCUGGCACUCACUCCUGUCACAGAAAACAGCAAAGAGUUGGAGGCAGACCUGUCCGAUCAGAAAGAGGACGAAACGGAGGACGAGGAACCCCCGCUGCCUCCUAAAACCGUAGCUCCCGACAGCAUGUUCAUCUUCAAAGCCUCCAAUCCUAUCAGGAGGAUCUGUCACUAUGUGGUCACUCUUCGCUACUUUGAAAUGACCAUUCUCCUUGUGAUCGUGGCGAGCAGCAUCGCGCUGGCAGCAGAGGACCCUGUGUGCACAAACUCAGACAGAAACAAGGUGCUGCGAUACUUUGAUUACGUCUUCACUGGAGUGUUCACCUUUGAAAUGAUCAUAAAGAUGAUAGACCAGGGUCUCAUUCUGCACGAUGGCUCCUACUUCCGAGACAUGUGGAACCUCCUGGACUUCAUUGUAGUGGUGGGAGCUCUGAUCGCCUUUGCUCUAACGAAUGUGAUGGGAAACAACAAAGGCAGAGACAUCAAGACAAUAAAGUCCCUCCGAGUUCUGAGAGUUCUGCGGCCCCUUAAGACCAUCAAGAGGCUCCCUAAACUCAAGGCGGUUUUUGACUGUGUGGUCACGUCUCUAAAGAACGUCUUCAACAUCCUCAUUGUGUAUCAGCUCUUUAUGUUCAUCUUUGCUGUCAUCGCGGUCCAGCUCUUUAAGGGGAAGUUCUUCUUUUGCACUGACAGCUCCAUGAAAACAGAAAAGGAAUGUCGAGGCUUCUACAUUGACUACAGCAGAGACAAGAAAGAGGUCAAGAGAAGAGAAUGGAGGAGGCACGAGUUUCACUAUGACAACGUCUGCUGGGCCCUGCUCACGCUUUUCACGGUGUCGACCGGAGAGGGGUGGCCUCAGGUCCUUCAGCACUCCACCGAUGUCACAGAAGAGAACAUGGGGCCGAGUCGCGGGAACCGGAUGGAAAUGUCCGUCUUCUAUGUGGUCUACUUUGUGGUCUUUCCGUUCUUCUUUGUCAACAUCUUUGUGGCUCUUAUCAUCAUCACCUUCCAGGAGCAGGGUGAUAAGAUGAUUCAGGAGUGCAGCCUGGAGAAGAAUGAGAGGGCCUGCAUUGACUUUGCCAUCAGUGCCAAACCGAUGACCCGCUACAUGCCCCAGAACCGGCAAACCUUCCAGUACAGACUCUGGCACUUUGUGGCCUCGCCUUCUUUUGAGUACACGGUGCUUGUCAUGAUCGCCCUGAACACAGUUGUUCUUAUGAUGAAGUAUCACUCGGCCCCAACAGCUUAUGAUGCCGUCCUGAAGCACCUAAACACCGCCUUCACGGUGCUCUUCUCCAUGGAGUGUAUACUGAAGAUCCUGGCCUUUGGGUUUGUGAACUACUUUCGAGACACUUGGAACAUUUUUGAUUUUAUCACUGUUCUUGGCAGCAUCACAGAAAUAAUUGUAGACCUGCAGUCGGUGAACACCAUCAACAUGAGUUUCCUGAAGCUUUUCCGAGCAGCCAGGUUGAUCAAGCUGCUGAGACAGGGCUACACCAUCCGCAUUCUGCUUUGGACAUUCGUACAAUCCUUCAAGGCUCUUCCUUAUGUCUGCCUCCUUAUCGCCAUGCUCUUCUUCAUCUACGCCAUCAUUGGAAUGCAGGUGUUUGGAAACAUCAAGCUGAAUGAUGAGAGUCACAUCAAUCAGCACAACAAUUUUAAGACCUUCUUCAGUGCACUGAUGCUUCUUUUCAGGAGUGCAACAGGGGAGUCCUGGCAGGAGAUCAUGCUCUCCUGUCUCUCUGGACAGGAGUGUGAACCAGACCCGUCCAUUGCCCCCCUCACCAUGUCUCCAGACCACGAGGGCGGGUGUGGCACAGACUUCGCUUACUGCUACUUUGUUUCCUUCAUCUUCUUCAGCUCCUUCCUGAUGCUGAAUCUGUUUGUGGCUGUGAUUAUGGAUAACUUCGAGUACCUGACGCGGGACUCCUCCAUCCUGGGCCCUCAUCACCUGGACGAGUUUGUCCGAAUAUGGGGCGAGUAUGAUAGGCUGGCAUGUGGGCGUAUUCACUACACAGCUAUGUACGAGAUGCUGACACACAUGUCUCCGCCUCUGGGCUUGGGUAAAAAAUGUCCCGCUAAGAUCGCCUACAAGAGGUUGGUGUUGAUGAACAUGCCCGUGGAUGAGGACAUGAGCGUCCACUUCACCUCAACUCUAAUGUCGCUCAUCCGCACAGCUUUAGACAUCAAAAUAGCUCGAGGUGGUGAGGACCGCAUUGCUCUGGAUGCUGAGCUGCAGAAGGAGAUCAGCAUCAUUUGGCCGUAUCUGCCGCAGAAGAACUUGGACCUACUGGUACCCAUCAACAAAGAUACCGACAUGACAGUGGGAAAGAUCUACGCCUCAAUGAUGAUAAUGGACUACUUCAAAACGAACAAAGCAAAGAAACUCAGGCAACAGCUGGAAGCUCAGAAGAGCAACUUGAUCUUUAAACGUCUGGACGCCUCCACCCUGCCCGAGGAUAUUCUGUCCAACACCAACCCGCUGCCCAUGAUGGCGCACAGCGCGGGCUCAGCCCUGACCAGAGGGGGCUUUGUGGCUUUGAGCCCCAUCUCCCCCCAGGACCUAUUUCUGCCGCCCAUAAGUUCGGACAUCGAUGGCGACCAGCAGCAGCAGAAUGUGCAGGGAGAGGCUACAAACGGCUCCAUGAAGCGGUCGGUCUCCACGGUUGCAGAUCAACGUGUAAACGGCCUCUGGGAGGAGGACAAAAGCCCUGAGAGAGUUUACCGACCUCGACACAAAAGCUACAAGGCUGCUGUCUCCCGGUCUGAGCACAGGGAGCGCGGCCGGUCUAAGGAGCGUUGCCACCUGUUGUCUCCAGACACCUCUCGUUGUAACUCGGAGGAAAGAAGCUUGCAGCCCUCACGCUCCUCCAGCGUAGAGCGAGCACUUCCCCAGGAUAAACAGGGCAACAGCUCAGACAGCCCAGUACCCUCCACGUCAGAGUCCAGCACACCCAGUGGCCGGCGACCUCUCUCACAAACCCCAACCCGAUCCCGCCCUCACAUCUCCUAUUCCCCACUGGAGUGUCGCACGCAAGUCUCCGUCGGAGAAGUCGACGAUGAACAAGGCAGCCCAGAGACCACGAGGCGGGCCAAAGCAUCAUGGGAGACCCAAGAAGGAGCUGCGGGAGAGAGGCGGAGUCACCUCGAUAUAAAUGCGUCCCCACCUCGACGCUACCCGUCAGAGCCUUUCCUGGCCUCGCAGGAGGACGACCACAGCCCGGACCCCUCUGGUCCCAUGGAGACGUUGACCUUUGAGGCGGCCGUGGCGUGCAGCCUGGGACGCUCAAACACCAUUGGCUCAGCUCACCCACGCUGGCGGACCGGCUGGCAGGUCCCCAAUGGACAUUUCAGGAAGCGUCUGAUGCAGACAGCCUCAGCUGCGGGCUGCGACACCCUCAGUGAUACAGAGGAGGACGACAGGUGCUAGGGACAAGGACACGCAGCAUGGGCAAGGACAUCGGCACCAAGCGUGAAGGUUAACGUGUCUCUUUUUGCAUCGUCAAAGUCGUGCGCCCUCUGGAUGCUGGGCGAAACCCCCAAAUAUGACAAAGACCUUAAUACUUCCUGAAACUGUAGAUGCCAACUUACAACGAACACUGACAAUCAAUAAGGUCUAUUUCCUGACUUCUACUUGAUGAUACAGAGUAAUAAUGCAUCUCAAGUUGUCACCGAGUACAGAAAAUAACUGAAAAAUAAUGGACCAGGUCAUGCCAUUUGUGUCAAUAGGUAUUUUCCUUUCUGAAGAUGUUUUUAAAAGAUUCUGUGUUGCUCUAAAAGGUAUUUAUCUGUGGGGUGUGUGAAUAUGUAACUAUGUUUUGUUAUAAUUUUUUUGUAAAUAAAUUGUGAUCAUCUUGCCAUUGCCAUCUAUUAGAACCUGUCAAUGCAACAAGCCAUUAUAAAGAGGGAGUCUGACACUUUUCCAGGUAAUGCUAUAUUAAUAAUAAAAGAAACACUAAUAAUGCUGGAUUUUUUUUGUUUAGUGUUUGAAUGAAUGUGCAGAGAUCCGCUGUCUAAUUUCCCCUCUUUGUUUUUCUUUUUGGUAUUAAACAUAGUAAGUUCACAGAUCUGAGAUAUGGUUAAAGUAAUAGAACAUCAUAGAAAGAUUCAUUUGUGAUUUCUCUUGAUAGUAUUAUUAAAUCAUGCAAUCAUCAAACCUCAGACCUUUAAAUUUGGUCAGUUAUACUUAGUUUAUUUUUAUUUGUAAAUCCCUUUGAACUUCAAAGCCAAAAGGCCCUGUGUGGCGGAAAACUCACACUGCACAUCACACACAGCAGAAAUGUGCCACAGUAAAAUAUGAUUGUGGCAUCCUCAUUCUUCUGGGAUGCCUUUCCUCAAUUUCUGAGCAAUUAAACAUCUCAGAAUAUGCUGAGAGUGCAGUUUUACCACAUACUGGUGCAAACACUGACCACCUUCAUCUAUUAUUGUGAUCACUACAUGAAGACUUCAAAACAUAAUCUAUUAAAACUUCACAGGUACACCAUGACACUCCUUGCGUCUAAAAUUCACUUUACUCUAAUACAUUUGCAAAUAAUGUACAGAGAAUCUAUGCUGUUAAUAACGUUUAAAAAAGGGGAAAAAAAGGUCUUUGCCGACAAGCUUUAAAGCUAAAGUUUGAAUCUUUGGAAAUCUUCAUAUUAAGGUUGUGUAUUGUUUGAUUUUCCUGACAAAUAGGUGAAAUUAUUGAAGCUCGCUUAACCAAAAAAAAAUUUGUACUUUAAGUUCCAGGAAUGCAAAUACUCUGUGGGAUUGUAUGUAUACAAUAGCUGUAUAUAUAAGUAAAGGUGUCCACAAGUGGCCAUUGUUAUCUGAA